AACCCCGCUGACAGCUGAAACAUUACUUCUGUCCCUGCAGAGAGCUCCGCUAUUAUAUUUGAAAUGAAAAAGUAUAGAGGUUGCAACAUUGUAUCUAUUUGUAUCCAUUUCGGAUAUAGAUGUUUUUAUUUGGAUACAAAUAGAUACAAUGUUGCAACCUCUAUACUUUUUAAUGUCAAAUAUAAUAGCGCAGCUCUCUGCAGGGACAGAAGUAAUUACUUCGCUAUUAUAUUUGCCGGCCGUAGACGGGGCGAAAAUCGGCCAAUUUUUUUUACCGUUGGUGGUAAGGUCGGCCAAUUGAACAACCGAUUUUUUUUUUUUUUUUUUUAAACAGCCAGUUUUCGCCCCGU